CCUACUUACUUCCAAUGUAGACGUCCCUUUAAAGGACCGUCUAGAAGAGCAGUAAACAGUAAAAAGUAAAAGUAAGAAAUUGUCUAAUCAUAGAUAAUACGGUCUUGUGCUGCGGUAUAAUUUGUCGAAAAGCAUAACAUACCAAAAGAAGAAAAGUAUUCUUUAAUCGCUGCUACAAUUGCAACGGAAAUGAGUAACACGCAAGAACCUAACACAUCCACCAAUGCUGAAUCUGAUAAAUCUGAGAUAAUUGAACAAAAGUAUAAACUUGUUUUAAGAAAACACAACUCCAUCAAGUCCUACAAUAUUAUAAUUGUACAAAUUAUAUAUAAAAAUGUUAAUGAUAAUAUCAAAAAGUUAACAAUAGUGUUUAAAGACAAUGUCAAUAUAUUGAGAAUAAUUUCUCUAGCAAAAGCAAAACCCAAGGGUAUUUCUGAUAAAGACUUAGCCACUGAGAUACCUGACUUACAACCGCUUCAACGAGCUCAAAUUAUAAACAAACUUUUAUCACAAGGACGCUUUGAUCUUUUCAAACAAGGAGGAUCAUUGUCUUAUCGUUUGAAAGAUGCCUCCAAGACAAAAGUUGUCAAAGGUGCAGAUAAUGAAGAGAAAAUAGUAUAUGCCAUUAUCGCAGAAGCAGGCAAUAAAGGAAUAUGGAUGCGGGAUAUAAGAUACAAGUCUAACUUGGCAUCCACUCAGUUGACUAAGGUUUUGAAGAAUUUACAAACAAAUAAGUUGAUUCAGGCUAUUAAAUCUGUAGCAGCUAGUAAGAAGAAAGUAUAUAUGUUAUAUAACUUGGAGCCAGAUAUAUCUGUAACAGGUGGUGCUUGGUAUCAAGAUCAAAAUUUUGAGACAGAAUUUGUUAAUGUAUUAACUCAGUCCUGUUACACUUUUUUGAAUACAAAGGCGACAGAAGCAAAAAGUUGUAAGCAUGGACCUAUCGCUACAAGAAACAUGUCAUAUAGCUCAUCUAAAGAUGUGCACAAAUACAUUGUGCAUUCAGGAAUAAGCAAGGUAGAUUUAACGGUGGAGGAGAUAGAAAUGCUUUUAAAUGGCUUAGUUUAUGAUGGUAAAAUCGAAAAGACACUCUCAGGAGAUGGAAAUAAUAUGUACAGAGCUACUCAAUCGUUGCUAGGCUCAUCUGGAUUGAUGAAAGUUUCCUGUGGCAUAUGUCCAGUGAGAAAGAACUGUUCCUCUAUUGGAAAUGUUACACCUAUCAAAUGCCAGUAUAUUACAAAAUGGUUGGAAUUUCUAAGUGAAAUUUAUUAACGUCCAGAAUUUAUUUAUAUAAUCUUGUCAAGACUGCGUUUAAAUAUUUUUAUCAUUGAUUUUAAUAAAUGAAUAAAGAACAAUUAUUAAAUUCA